GACGCACCACAGCCGUCGCCUCUUUCUCUCCUCCUCUUCCGCUGUGUCUGGCUGUGUUGUUGUGCCUGAGAGGAGCCCGCUGAGGCCCCCGCCCGGACUGGGCUGCAGUCACGAAAGUCCGAUGGACCAGUCAUCUCCAACCUAUAUGAUUGCUAAUUUAAUUCCCUUGCACUCAGAGCAACUCUUGCAAGGCCUGAACCUACUCCGUCAGCACCAUGAACUCUGCGAUGUCAUCCUUCGUGUUGGAGAAGCCAAGAUCCAUGCCCAUAAAGUUGUGCUUGCUAGCAUCAGCCCAUAUUUCAAAGCCAUGUUCAGUGGCAAUCUCUCUGAGAAAGAGAACUCAGAGGUGGAAUUCCAGUGCAUUGCGGAAGCGGCUCUGCAGGCCAUAGUGGAAUAUGCCUAUACAGGGACUGUAUUCAUAUCACAGGACACUGUGGAAUCGCUUCUGCCUGCUGCCAAUCUCUUGCAAAUCAAGCUUGUGCUGAAAGAAUGUUGUACCUUUUUGGAAAGCCAGCUGGAUCCUGGCAACUGCAUUGGGAUUUCCCGUUUCGCAGAGACAUAUGGCUGCCAUGAUCUUUACGCAGCUGCCAAUAAAUAUAUUUGUCAGAACUUUGAAGAUGUUUGUCAAACAGAAGAGUUCUUUGAACUUACCCAUUCUGAGCUGGAUGAAAUUGUUUCCAAUGACUGCUUGAAUGUAGUUACGGAGGAAAUGGUUUUUUAUGCACUGGAAUCUUGGAUCAAAUAUGAUGUGCAGAAGCGUCAGAAAUUUCUGGCACAGCUGCUUCAUUGUGUACGGUUGCCUCUGUUGAGUGUCAAAUUUCUCACAAGGCUUUAUGAAGCCAAUCAUCUCAUUCGUGAUGACCACACCUGUAAACACCUGUUGAAUGAAGCCCUGAAGUACCAUUUCAUGCCUGAACACAGGCUUUCAUAUCAGACUGUACUAACUACACGUCCUCGCUGCCCUCCUAAAGUGCUCUGUGCGGUGGGAGGAAAAGCUGGACUCUUUGCUUGUUUGGAAAGUGUUGAAAUGUAUUUUCCUAAGAAUGACUCCUGGAUAGGCUUGGCACCUCUGAGUGUUCCUCGCUAUGAAUUUGGAGUCUGUGCCCUUGAUCAGAAGAUCUAUGUAAUAGGAGGAAUUGCAACCCAUAUGUGUCAAGGCAUCAAUUAUCGGAAGCAUGAAAGCUCUGUGGAAUGCUGGGACCCUGAUACAAACACUUGGACAUCUGUGGAGAGUAUGAAUGAGAGCCGAAGUACUCUGGGAGUAGCAGUUCUGUCACGAGAAAUCUAUGCUUUGGGGGGUUAUGAUGGGCAGUCCUACCUGCAGUCAGUGGAGAAGUAUAUUCCAAAGGUGAAGGAGUGGCAGCCUGUUGCACCAAUGAACAAAACCAGGAGUUGCUUUGCUGCAGCCAUUUUAGAUGGAAUGAUUUAUGCCAUUGGGGGCUAUGGUCCAGCUCAUAUGAACAGUAUGGAACGUUAUGAUCCCAACAAGGACUCCUGGGAAACAGUUGCACCAAUGGCAGACAAGAGAAUAAACUUUGGUGUUGGGGUUAUGCUAGGCUUCAUUUUUGUAGUUGGUGGGCAUAAUGGUGUUUCUCACUUGUCCAGCGUUGAGCGGUAUGAUCCACACCAAAACCAGUGGACUCUUUGUUGUCCAAUGAAGGAACCCAGAACAGGAGUUGGUGCGGCUGUAAUUGAUACCAAUCUUUAUGUAGUUGGUGGACACUCAGGGUCAUCUUAUCUUAAUACUGUACAGAAAUAUGACCCUAUAUCUGAUAACUGGCUGGACACUGCUGGUAUGAUGUACUGUCGAUGCAAUUUUGGCUUGACUGCACUUUGAAGAAGAAUAUAUCUGAGGACUCAACAAGCACUGAAGAUACCCAGCCUGUACAGAACAGAAGCUGAAUUUCUUCAAGACGGGAGAAAGGAGAGACAGCUUAAGUAUAAUGCAAACAGGUGAACCCCAAAUAAGAAUUGGAUAUUGUUGAUAGGAAAGAAAUGGAAGGAGGGGAUGUGGAAUUGUGUUUCCAAUGGGGAUACAAAUUGCAUACUGUUACUGAUCUGAAAUAAUUUAUCUUGAUACAAGAAGCACUGUGUUGCCUGCAGUAGGCAUAGAAACUCCCAGACUCAGAGCUUUGAUCUUCUUUAUCUUCCUGUGACUGGCAUAGGUAUUAUUGCUCAAGGGUUGGGAUCAUUUGAGUGUAUUGCACAAUCUUACUAGAUGUCUGUCUCCAUCUUUACAUAGAGACCAUGAUUGCUUCACAAUUUUUUAUGAACAGUUAAAGGGCUGCCUUUUCCCUCCACCCACUACACAGGUUUUGUAAAUAUCUGAUACUGUAAUCUGUUUAUCUGCACUUAAUACACCUCCUCCCUUUUGGGGGGAAACUUGCUGGAGGAUAUGAAUGGAUAGCUAUUUUCAGCUUAAUGCACUUAAAGUUUUAUUUUUAUCCUUAUACUAUUUGGACCUGCCUGUACAUCUAAAACAUAACUCUUCUCACCCUUUAUCUGAAGAUCUAUAGCUUACAAUCUGAUAAAGAGAGAAAACCCAUGUUGCUUGGGUUACCGAAAUAAUGCAUAUCCCAGCACAUGUGUCAAUGUUCCAAAAAGAAAUAUCUUCCCACUUCUGUGCAUAAAUCUGUGGUACGUAGCCCACAUCUGACUUCAAAGAAUGUACAACCAAAUUUUCAGGGUGUGUACUGACUUUGACAUGGUGCUAAACAAUUAGAUCGUUGAGAUUGCUAGAAAUUGUAAGACCAAGUCCCACUAAAAUAAGAGGGAUUAAUUUUCAAAUAAAUAUGUACAGCAUUGGACUAAGGUGAAAUAUUGAUUAAAGUAAUACAUUUUCUUCAUUUGGUGAUCUGCAGGAUGUGUAAUGAAUGAUGCCAGACUAAAAUAUGAAGGACUCUUUACUUAUUUUUCUUCUCGCUGCCUCUGAGAAUGUUCAAACUUUUCUUGUGCUAAGAAGAAUGUUAGGAGAAAUGAGCAUGUUUGGAGAAAUCAAACCUGAACAGAUUAGAGAAUGAAGGGAGUAUUUAUUAUUUGAUGAGCGUGUUUGGAGAAAUCAAACCUGGACAGAUUAGAGAAUGAAGGAAGUAUUUAUUAUUUGAUGAGCAUGUUUGGAGAAAUCAAACCUGAACAGAUUAGAGAAUGAAGGGAGUAUUUAUUAUUUCCUGAUAGAUAGUUCUUUUCCUUAAAAAAUGAAUUAGGCAACACCUAGUAGUGGAUAUUUAUCUCACUGCACUCUUCAGCAGCAGUCCCUCCAAAUGUUGCUUUGAGGUAUCCUUCAACUCAGCAGAACUUUUUUGGUAGUGGUUGGUUUGUUCUGUAACAGGACAGUUCCUCUAAUAAAUUGAAAUCUAGUCAUCAAUAGGUCAUCCUGAAACUCACUGUUAGGUUCUGAGACUGAAGCAUGAGCCUGUAUUUUAAUACUAUUUCACAUAGAUAACGGAAACUGUUUCUGCAGGUUUCUAUUUCAGGCAUUUUUCAGUGUAUAUUUCUGCUUUGUCAAAGGAGUUGUACUUAAAUUUACUCCUGUCUGCCUUUUCCCCCUUUGAAAAUACAUUUCUUCUCAUCUCCCUUUAGCAUGACUUUUGGUAGUAUUCACAAACAUGCAAUAAUAAGAUGUGUGGCUGCCUUGUAUUUUGAGCCUUUUACUUCUGUCUUCAUAAAAGGGGAGAUUAUGGACUAGUGCUCUGUAAUAAGAAUGGCAGCUAACCAAGCUGCAAAGGCUCUUCUUCUUCCAUAAGCUAAUCAAUGUUCUAAUUAAAACCAGAAGAGCACACUUCUUAAAAUACUUAACAUCACUUUUCUACCAACACUUGAACAUGUUAUCAAAUCCUAAAAGUCUUGUUUAGGUAUUUGUAGAGUUCAGCAGAGUUUUGAAGCAACUUAACUGAUGCAACAAGCAAUUUCUAAUAUGCUAGUUGAUACCUGUUAUGCAGCAAUAAUAGCAUAAUGCAACAUUUACAUUGAUUAUUUUUUAUGCAUGGAAUUGUGCACUUAGGACACUCAUUCAUUUCAGUCAAACUCAUUUGAGAGAUCUGGACUCUGAAGAAAGCAACAGUUUGGGACAAUAGAAGCACUUGCUUGUUGUGGAUCAGCAGCUAUUCAGUUUCAAUUCAUGAAAGUGCAUGGUUAAAUUGUUCUGUGUCCUAGGUCUCUCUCCAAGCUGCCUUUGAAUUUAGAAAAAAUAUACUGAUACCUAAUAGGUGUUUAAGAAGGUACUCACGUAGUGAGAUUCUGGGAAUAGAAAGAACAGUUCUGAACAGUGAGUGAGAGAAAAGUGGUCAUGGAGUGGAGAAUGGUAAAAAAUGUUUCUGUAGCUGAAGGACUUAAGAAGAGUUUGCCUGGUUAUCUGCCUUGUUCGUGGCAUGUUUUGCAGAGCAUCCACUCAAGCUGUUUUGGUAGGCUGAUCCGAACAUGAGAGUUAAGGAUAUUUUUUCCUUUUGUUUUAAAAAAGGAGUCCAGACCAUGACAACAUUUGAUAUUCUUCAGCCCUUUUGGGUGAUGGCAUGUACCCAGUAGGAAGUCAGUUAAUACAGCACUUUUUGUGUUAUUAGUAAUCUCCAGGUAGUUUGAGGGUGGUCCUUGUUGUGCAGUUCAGAUAAGGACACUGCUGAUUUAUUUGAGUCUAGCAUGAGUCUGCAGGGAGAUUUGGUUGGUUGAUUUUUAAUGAUGUAGACCAUCUGUAUUAAAAACAAAUUAAGGCACAAAUAGCUAUUUUAGUCAAGAUCAGAUUAAUUGCAGAUUAAUUCACUAGUGCAGUAGACACUGUCGUCGUAGCAAAUACAGGGAAUAAUAUAUUUAAAUAAACUCACCAUAGUCGCUUCUGUGUUAUUUUGCCAUUCACUGAAUUGCUCAAGCGUAGACAAAUUGGACGACCAAUUUCAACAUUUGUAGGCUGCAAUAAGCUUAUUAUAGUUCAGCUAUGGAGAAGGCCUUUUCCUAAAAUAGUACCUACCUUAACAUCCAGUUCCACAAAACCAUUCAAGUGGCUUAUUUAAUGAUUAAGCAAAAGCACUUUACAAUUUCCUGGCUGCUUAUUUUCAGGCUUUUCUUUUGUUUGGAAAAAUAAUAGUUAAACCCACAGCUUUGUACGUAAGUUAGAUAGGGCAGCAUUAUAUACAUAUGUAAUACCCCCCGUUUGAAAGGACAGCUCCAGAACCAGACAAAUGUUUCCAGUGUGAGCAUCUAUUGUUACAGAAGAAUUUAUCUUCUCAUAAUAUAUCUAUCCAUUCAUGAUAAAUGAAUAAUUAUGAGAGAGAAAUUAGCCCUCAGCCCUUGGCUAGCUCUUCUCUUCUCUUCUCUUCGGGCAGGGAAUAGGAAAUGAUAUAGAAGGGUUCCUGGAUAUAUGUCAACCAGAGUGUAAGAUUGGGGCAUUCUAGUGGGUAAGGAUUUUUGUUACAUGGCAAACCUAGGCAGCCUUCUAUUUCCUUUUUUUUCUUCUACCCCAUCUACGAAGGUUCAUUCGUUAACUCCUUCCAUUGUAUGAAAGAAUAUGAACUCUCCUACAUGCCUUAAAUCCCUUUUCAUUCAUAAAAGAACUGAGAAAUAAGUCCUUUCUUUGCCUUACAUGCUAUGCUGUGCUUUCACCUCUCUGACCCAAUGCCAAGCCUUCCUGCACUGUAGUUUUCAGUAGGAUUCUGGCCUGCAUAAAGGGAUUUUCUGUGGAUGUUAUCAGACAGGCAAUAGUGUUUAUGUUUGCAUUCUUCUACCAGCAGAGUUUCAUGUUCUUUCUCUCUCUGCCAUCUUUCUUUACAAAGGUGGUAGCUGAGUGGGAAACCACUCAAUAAUUUCUUCCCUUUUGUUUGCUAAAUGUGGUCAUGUUUCAUUGUUCUUGCUACAGUAUUUCAUUUGAAUGUGCACUGUUUACUAAAUAAAUUUAUGAAAGCAAAAAA